AUGGCCCCUCCUACGGAUGACAAAACCGAAAGGCCUCAACUCGAAUCCCGCAUCAGCGCACAUCCUGCCCUUCAUCCCGAUGUGACCAAUGUACCCGUCACGCCCGGCGUCCACCUCUCAGGCAAGACGGCCUACUUCGACGAGAAAAACACAAAGAACACCAACAACCUACCCUUUGAUCCAGAGACUGCCACACCUGGGCCCUCGUGGAGCGCUAACUCGUAUUUCUCGAACCAACAGAGAGCCGAUCAUGCAAGCGCGUCCACUGAGCAGGCAGCAGGUGCGCAGAGCGCGAAGGAAGCCCAUGUUGUAGCGGCUACACAGGCGCCUAUGAACAAGGCUGCAGCGCCUAUUCCUGUGGAUCCCAAGCGUCCGGCCCAGGCAGCGCAGGCUCCCAAUGGCUUCCGUAUCGGCCCCCAGGAUCGAGCACGAUUAGAGAAACAGCUCGAACGUGACCACGGUGGCAAGAUCGUACCAGUUUGGCUGGUCGAUGAGGUGGAUGAUGGGAAAGAUGAAUACAUAUUGAAGAACCAAAGUCACUGGCGGACAUACGCUGAACACGAGCUCUACACUCUCUUCCACUACAAGCAGAACGAACCAGCCGAUGGCCGCGCUGCACGGAAGUCGUGGGCAGACUAUUACCGUAUGAACAAGCUAUUCGCGGAUAGGAUCCUCGAAAUCUACAACCCCGGUGACAUUGUUAUGGUCCACGACUUCUACCUGAUGCUACUGCCAAGUUUACUCCGCCAACGCCUUCCAAACAUCUAUAUCGGUUUCUACCUUCAUAUCCCAUUUCCCAGCAGCGAGUUCUACAGAUGCCUGAGCAGACGAAAAGAGAUUCUCGAGGGCGUACUGGGUGCCAAUAUGAUUGGUUUCCAGUCAUACAGCUACUCGCGACACUUCUCAUCUUGUUGCACUCGAAUAUUGGGCUUUGACUCCUCUUCGGAAGGCGUCGAUGCCUAUGGUGCCCACGUAGCUGUUGAUGUCUUUCCCAUCGGCAUCAACGCUGUAUCAACGCAACGACAGGCCUUUGGCGACCCAGAAAUCGACGAGAAACUCAAAGGAAUCCGAGAGAUGUACGCAGGCAAGAAGCUCAUCGUGGGUCGCGACAGGUUAGAUGCUGUUCGUGGAGUUGUCCAGAAACUCCAGGCGUUCCAGCUGUUUCUUGAGAAGUACCCAGAGUGGCACGGAAAAGUUGUUCUCAUUCAAGUUACCAGUCCUAGCGGCGUUCACACCGAUAGAAGCGAUGGUGCGCAAGAAAAGGUGGUCAACAAGAUCUCGGAUCUAGCGGCGAAGAUCAACGGCACUUAUGGUACACUGGACUUUACACCUGUUCGCCACUUUCCCCAGUACCUUUCUCGCGAAGAGUACUUUGCCUUACUUCGGAUUGCAGACAUCGGACUCAUUACCAGUGUACGUGACGGUAUGAACACGACAAGUAUGGAAUACAUCAUUUGCCAGAAGGAUAAUCACGGCCCACUCAUUCUCUCCGAAUUCUCCGGUACAUCGAGCUCUCUAGGCAGUGCCAGGCACAUCAACCCCUGGGAUAUGGGUGGAGUGGCUGAUGCGAUUCACGAUGCUCUGAAUCAGAGUGACGAAGAACGCGCAAAGUACCACGCAGAACUUUACAAGCAUGUUGUAGAGAACAAUGUACAGGCUUGGACGAACAACUACCUGAAGAGCCUGAUGACGAAUCUAGCAUCCUUUGACCAGUCGUUUGCUACACCAGCUCUGGACCGGGCUAAGCUCCUCUUCCAAUAUCGGCAGGCUACCAAGCGACUAUUCAUGUUCGACUAUGACGGCACUCUAACACCAAUCGUCAAAGAUCCUUCGGCAGCGAUCCCGUCUGACCGAGUCAUUCGAACUCUCAAGACUCUAGCAGCAGACCCUACCAAUGCCGUAUGGAUUAUCAGUGGUAGAGAUCAGGCUUUCUUAGACGAAUGGAUGGGCCACAUUCCUGAGCUUGGCCUUAGUGCUGAGCAUGGCAGCUUUAUGCGGCAUCCGCGCAGUCAGGACUGGGAGAACCUGACUGAGACAACCGAUAUGAGCUGGCAGAGCGAAGUUCUUGACGUUUUCCAACAUUACACAGAGAGGACUCAAGGCUCCUUUGUCGAGCGCAAGAAGAUCGCAUUGACCUGGCACUACCGGCGAGCUGAUCCCGAGUAUGGCGCCUUUCAAGCGCGAGAAUGUCAAAAGCAGCUCGAGAGGACUGUCGCUAAGAAACACGAUGUUGAGGUCAUGACUGGCAAAGCCAACCUUGAGGUGCGCCCAAGGUUUGUCAACAAGGGCGAGAUUGCAAAGAGGCUUGUACAGGAAUAUGGCGAAGGUACUGGUAACGCACCCGAGUUUGUGCUUUGCAUGGGCGAUGACUUUACAGAUGAAGACAUGUUCCGCUCGCUGCGACAGUCCAAACUACCGACAGAUCAUGUCUUCUCGGUCACUGUUGGCGCCAGCUCGAAACAAACAUUGGCAAGCUGGCAUCUAGUCGAACCUUCGGAUGUUAUCUCUGUGAUUUCAUUGCUGAAUGGUUCAGCUGAUGCAGGUAAUGUUGGUGCAAUUGCAGUCGUCGACGGGACCGUUCCUGAGUCUCGGCUAGUGGCAGGCCAGUAGAUGUACGACGCUGACAUGUAACAUGAUGGAUGCUUUCUAACGAUCAAGUCCCUAUAUUAAAUCCAAUGUUUAGCUCAGGAAAGCCAUUGGCCCUCCAUAAAGCACAA